UCAGCCGGACCCGAGAAGAGGAGCAGUCUAUGGGAGCAACAUUUCAUAACCAAUAUUUGAAUGAAUUAACCUGAAUUCGUGUUGAAAUGUGGAGGUACAAUGUUUGCUUUCCAAACAGCACUAUAUUAGAACUCAGUCAGCGAAAAAUUACAGGAGAAAAAGAAUAGGCAUGCAUUUUAUCACGUGUUAACUUACACGUAUUUGAAUAUUUCCGUUUAUGAUAACUUAAUCGUAGAUAUGAAUGCAUGUAUUUAGGUUUUUGCACUACAUAAUUUCCCAUUUGUAAAAGUGAAUGUUUGUUAAUCAUUGCCAGCUCAAACUCUAAAAAUAACUGUUAUAAAUUGCAUUUAAACUAAAUGUAUCCUGAACGCCUAAAUAAUAAUCGCAAUAAUGUUGUCUGCAUUCUGCACCAAGCGCCUGUUCCAGAACUUCAGCUGCGUUGUUCACAGGGUAUCAGUUCGAAUCCCGUCCCGUAGAGUGUUUCUUCUUAAAGGUACUCGUCUUUUAUCUCAAACCCCCAAAGUGGGACUGUUCUGUUGGACUGCAUGUGGCGUCACUUACGCCUCCGCUCAGGAGUCGCCCCAUCAGAACCGAGCCACAGAGAGGAAGUCAAUCGCCCGAGUGCAAAUCCACAGGUUAGUAUUCGUCUUGCGCCUGGGGCUCCGUGCCUUGGUGCUUUAUCUGAAGUUCAGCCCCCUUCUGCUUCUGUAUCCCCUGACUUUACUAUCACACCGCUGGGCGUCCCGCUGGUUGGACGCACUACUUUGGGUCACUGAGACAUCUGGACCUACUUUUAUCAAACUGGGCCAGUGGGCCAGCACCAGACGGGACCUCUUCUCGCAGGACUUCUGCGACCGCUUCUCAAGGCUGCAUGUGCGAGUAAAGCCUCAUCCCUGGACUCACACCAAGCUGUGUCUGAGGAGGGCGUUUGGGGAGGGAUGGAGGCAGAUGUUCGUGUUUGACAGUAAGGAGCCUGUGGGGUCGGGAUGCGUAGCACAGGUCUAUCGGGCCAAAGCCAAGGUGGCGAGUGUUGAAGAUCCGGCGUUCCAGCAACUGGUGGAGGAGUUGGGGAAGAAGAACCUCCUGGAAGCCUGGGAGAUCCCUGGUCUGGGAGGAGCUUUGAGUGACCUCUGGGAGAUGAAUAAAGAAGAGGAAGAGAUGGUGGAUGUGAAGAACAGGGCUUUCGGACUCGGAGAGAGUCCUGGUGCAGGCGAACAGCCUGAGGAAGAGCGUCUGAUACCCGUGGCUAUUAAGGUUCUUCAUCCAGGAAUCAGACGGCAGGUGCAGAUCGAUCUGAUCCUAAUGAAAGCUGGAAGUUUAUUCCUCAACUGUUUGCCUGGCAUCAAGUGGCUCAGCCUGCCUGAGAUUGUAGAUGAAUUUGAGAAGCUCAUGACCAAACAGAUCGAUCUUCGGUUCGAGGUCGGGCCUGGUUAG